GUGCAGUCUCUGGAGACAAGCAAACUCAUUUGAGCAUUUCCUCACAGAUUUCAAAUUGUUCAGGUAAGAUGCCCAAUUUCUUUUGAAUUUUACUAAGCAACUAUUUCUACAAGGUUCAAUUUUUUGAUGUUCCACAGUAGUUUUCUUUCUUCUCUCUUCCACUGAUAGAAUCAAAGUAUGUUUGUUCAAUGUUUUGUUAGAGCGUGUUUCAGGGUGUUUAAUGGAGAAAAAUGAAACUAAAUCCCGGGAUGGGAGUGGCUGUAUACAGGCUAAUUUACGUUGGAGUCGAGAGAGACUAAAAGAGCAAUUAACUCGAAAAGAUUCAUCAUUUUUUUCCCUUUGCGUACAUAAAUUAUCACAUUUUCCUUCCAAAAAAUUCGCCAAUUUGUGCAUGCAUCAUUUCAGGCACGUAAUUUUUAUAGCGCUGGAGUCAUCUAAAAGUAAUGAAAACUAAUGUGAUGGACUAAUGACUUUUUGUUUGUCGCUUUUAUUUCUGCUUAUUGACGGUUGGUGUAAUUCGCCUGUUUGGACCCUUUCUUUUAAUUAUGGAAUUUCAUAUUAACCGCCAUGGAUUCAUUUUUUGUGGAUUAGACCUCGCUGUUCUUAAUGUGAGUAUUUCUUUAGACUGAAACAAUUUCUUUAUUAACUAGAUCUUCAAGAUACUUGAAGCUUUGGAAUCGUGCCUUUGUCAACAAAUGACACUCAUUGCCGAGGUAAGGGAGAAAAAGUUGUUACCGAUUUAGAUUUCUGUUAAUUUGCCCGCCCCUGACCACCCCCUCCCCGCCCCUCCCCUCCCCUCCCCAUAAUCCACUCAACCAAAAAAAACUGGGUACGAGUUCUUUAUACUUUGUACCAGUCUCCCCUUUUCCCAUUGUUUCACGCAACGCCUGCCUGCCUGUUAUCGUUCUCUAUCGCUUCGACUGCAAUGAGAACCAAAAAAUUCCUUUGUAGUAGCAUUGCAACAUCCAGAAAACAGUGUAACGCCUUUGCAUGAUGUUUCUGAUGGUAUUGGUGUCCAUUGUGAUAUCGAAACACCUUCAAAGUGUACCGGAAUUUUUCACUUCAUUGGUGAAAGAAUCAUGCGUACGUUCUAAUCGGCAGCACUCCGUUUUACUUUUUCCUGCUUCAAAAAAGAACAUAAUGACACCCUCUGUUGCUCAUUUUACUACCUGCAAUUUUAAUGAGCGAAAAGGGAGAAAAGAUGCUCCGCACAAAAAUAGUAAGUACAGUUUUGAAAGAGAAUUUAGAUCAGAAUGUACUUUGGCCGUUUGUUAUUUGGCAUAUCCCUGUACAGGCAUUUUGGACUGUAAUGUUGCUGUUUGUUUUCAUAUUGUAAUAUUUAUUUGUCUUUUUUAUAUAUCUUAAUUUUAAGUGUCCCCAUUUAGCUGUACUGAGCUAAACAAGAUUUUAACACUGAAAUUAUUACCCUUGGUUUUCCUAGAGUGCAGCAUCAUGGGAACAUAAUCACACCCUCUGUUGCUCAUUUUACUACCUGCAAUUUUAAUGAGCGAAAAGGGAGAAAAGAUGCUCCGCACAAAAAUAGUAAGUACAAUUUUGAAAGAGAAUUUAGAUCAGAAUGUACUUCGGCCAUUUGUUAUUUGGUAUAUCCCCAGUAUUAAUUAAAGCAAAGUCUUGUAGCUAUGUACAUGCAUUGUGGACAGCAAUGUUGCUGUUUGUUUUGAUAUAGUACUAUUUAUUUGUCUUUUCUAUAUAUCUUAAUUUUAAGUGUCCCCAUUUAGCUGUACUGAGCUAAACAAGAUUUUCACACUGAAAUUAUUACCCUUGGUUUUCCUAGAGUGCGGCAUAAUGGGAUUUCCGCAAUAUGAAAAAUAAUAGAAUGAAGAUAAUGUGAACUCAAAAUACAAAAUAACGUUGCACAAUAGCUGAGGCCACACUUAGCAAGAUAACCAGGUUACUUUUUUAAUAAGCUGGACAAAAACUCUUCUAAACGUUACCUGGUUGCCAGACUCAAGUUUGUUGAAAAAGAAAAGCUAAACCUAGGUGCAAGUCAAAAAAAGUAAUUUUCAAAACUUAGUGCGUGUGUGCAUUGUAAGACCUAAAUUCCAAAAAUUCUCUGGCACAGGUGGAGAUGAUUAAUUGAUGGUGUUAACCUUUGUUUAACUCCUGUCUGAGGUGGUUUUAAAAAACCUAUCCUAGUUAUUAAAUCUAUUGUUCUCAAGUGAUUUGAACAUUGUUAACUAGGUUAAAACUCUGUUAAGACCAUAGAAUCCUCAGCCACACUUGCAAAACUCCCAAAACCCUUCUGACCUUAGAGUUGCUAUUUUUGAUGAUACACAUCUAUCAAUGCUUUCUUUGCUAUUAAACUGAAUUGCAAUAUACUUAAAUUGGCCAAUUUCAUUUUUUUGAAAUGGAAUCCCCGUUUUCUUAUUGUAGACUAAAAUCUUCAACCAAUUGAUCAGUUUUCUGGAAAGUGAGCCAAACUCUCCGAUUUCAUUCUAUACCCUAUCUUAGACUUAACUGUUUGAAAACCAUACCCUUCACAGCAACACAAACCUACAUAGCCCGUUAACCACUUAACACAAGUUUCACUUUAUUCUAUCAUUCACCAUUAUUAUUCUUAGCAAUUUUGAAAGGUGCUCGUGUUGCAUAAUGGUCCAUGUCGCAAUGUUGUUGGAAAUGACUCAUUGCUUAAAAAUUGCCAAAUUUUCUUACACAGGCUUGUUUUGCAGUGGCAAAUCCUUAUAUGAGAGAAAAUAAACUGAAAAGAUAUCCGCAUUUUUGAUAAAAAAGCCAGCAAUUUUUAAAAAUGCUAAUGCCACUGUGAGUGCUGAAUGCACUGAAAAAGCGAGGAUAUCAUGUGCUUGUUGAUAUUAAGAUAAAACAGAGUUUAAAAACCAAAGACAACCCCCCCUUUUUUUCAAGAAGCUGUCCACUGCACACCAUGAAAACAGCACUUAACUGUGCAUUAUUUUAGAAAGAACAGCUUUUCUCUGUAGUUUCUUGCAGUAGUGAAGUUCAAACAAAAGAGAGAAAACUUAGAUUCGGAACUUAGAUGUGAUGUGUGGUCAAUGAGUUGCAGCAAUGCUUGAAAAUUAUAGAUUUUCCGAAGCCAGUCAGCAAAAUUAACGAAAAUGUCAUUUUUUUCCUUUAGGUAUUUUUUAGGUAUUUUUAUUUAUUUGCCACACAAUUACAAUAAUUACUUAAAGAUGCCAAAAGAAAAAAUAUAUAUAUAGGAAGAGAUGGCGAGGAGGCCUAAAAGAAACUAUAGAGCUUAUGUUAAUUAGGCCUCCUCAAUUACAAUUUUUCGAAGAUGGCAUAAAAAUUACGGCGACGGGUACAAUAUAAUAUCAGGUGAAAAAUUAAACUAAUCAAUAUUACGGAAGUUUACAUGUACAAAUGUUGAAUAUUAAAAGGCUUUUUCCCAAGAUUUUUGUUGAAGUAUACUAAUAAUUAUUACAAAUAAAUGCCUUAAGUGCUCUUUUAAAGGAGAAAGGUGAGGAAGCGUUGAUGAUGUUGGUGUUUAAGGUGUUUUAUAACAUAGCGCGCGUGCUUGCCCUAUAUAACUCCUAUUGAGCCGCUAUGAACAAAAUCUUUAUUUACGCACGCCUGUGCGUAAAUAAGAUGACGUGAGCAUUUUUUUUUUUUACCUGGGUGCAAAGUUGUCGUCUUUUAAGCUGUAGUACCCUUUUCCUUCUCUUUAGAAUAUGGAAGAAACCAGCCAAGAACUGCCCAAUUUUUCUAUCGGCAUUGACCUUUUAGGUCCUGAUCCAACAAGCAGCAAAAAUAAAGCCGAAUUAAAAUAAAAAAUCUCGCAAGUUUGCUUGGCGUUCGCAAAUUUGUCGAAGACCAGCUGCAGCAAAUUUUGGCCGAAAGACAUUCACUGGGAACAGAACAGACACCAACUGGUCAUCAACAACAUUUAAAGGCAAAAUUUCCGUUUUUAUUGCUGUUUUUGAAUUUGUUAUGCACUUUUGUUAUCUCCGGACAAUCCGACUGAAGCAGGAAAAUUUCUAUCGCAAUAACAACACAAAUUACACAAGAAGACAUAAAUUUAUUACUCACGAAAACAACUGCUGCCAGGUCUCCUCAAGAAGCCGUAAUGACCAGCCAAUGUUCGUCAAUGAAUAUAAGUUUAAAGAAGGAUGACAGUCGUCUUCACUAAAAACAUGUUUUCUGGAUUUCGCCGAGCAAAACGUAAACAUCUUUUCAGCAAAUCCAAAUCAUACUCCACGACUUCUUAUGAACAUGUUAGUUUUAACUUUAGGUGAACUUUAAGACUCUUUUACCUUUGUUUCUGCUUAGUUUCCAUUGAUCGUUAACGAAUAAAGAAGCAAAUUUUCUUUCUCACUUUUACAGAAAGGAUAUUUUCAUUCAAACUAGACGAUUGUGGCGUGUUCAUAAUCAGCCAAUAGAACCGUUUGUUAUUGUGUCACACGUUAAGAGAAUUUUGCAGUUAAUCAAAAAGCAUGCAUUUUUGUGAGCUAUGUUAUAAAAGAAUUUGUUCAUGCUUAGCGUGCGUAUAUCGAGUUAUGGAUGCACGCGGGAAGUUUGGAGAGCACGAAAGAUGCGUAAGAGUUGCACGAGGCGAUAGGCGAUAAAUGCCUUAAGUGCUCUUUUAAAGGAGAAAGGUGAGGAAGCGUUGAUGAUGAUGAUGUUGGUGUUUAAGGUGUUGUAAAAUUUAGGUCCUUGAUAAAAAACGGAAAAUUGCUUGGUUCGAGUACGACAGAAAGGCAGACGAAAUUUACACGAGUUUCUUGUAUUAUACGAAUGAAUUUGACUUUGUAAGGUAAAUUUACAAUGAAAUUUUAAAGGUAGAGUAUGGUUUUGAUAGGAGUACAUGAAUAAGCCUAGUUGUAUUAAGUAUAUAUCAUGAAAUUUUAAGAUACCAAGAUUUUGAAAGAUUGGAUCAGUAUGUGCAUCGAAAGUGGUUUUAGCUAUAGUUCUGAUCACUCGUUUCUGUAAAAUCUCAAGACGAAUAAGGUUAGUUCUGUAAGUAGAGGCCCAAACUAAGUUGCAGUAAAAAAGGUAUGGAUAGACUAGAGAAAAAUAUAGUGUUCGUAAGGUUUUCGUGGAUAAAUAGAAACUGGAUUUAUGAAUAAUUCCUGUGCAUUUAGAAACUUUAUUGGCGACAUGUGAGAUUUCAGAUUUCCAAUUUAAAUUUUCAUCCAUGAUUACUCCCAGGAAAACUGUUUAACUCUGCAAUUGCCAAUUUCUAAUGUGAUCCAGGCUACAAAAAUUGAGAUCUGCCAAAGACACCUUCACCUGGUCAAAUAAAAGGAGCAAAGUGAUUGACCCAAGUAGUUAACUGCAAAGGAGACUAGCUCCUCCAGGGCUUGAAAUAAUUUUCCAGCUGGUGCUGCUCAAGUUGUUCAUUCAAACUUAUUUUUGCUUAGAUGCAACUCGUUUUUGGGCAGACAAAUAUCUGUAACAUAUCUCUAUAAAAGACCCCCUUUCCCUUGCAUGAUGUGUAUCAGUUAAAACAAGUUUAAGCCCUCAUUGUAUAUAAAGUACUGCAUUAAAUGCAGAAAGCAUGGAACGCUCAGUGAAACACAAAUUGAAUGUGAAUUCAAGUGAAGAAUUCAGAGUGUGUAUAAAGCUGUACUAGACAUGUCACUUGGUUUUAGCAGGAGACUGCAGGAGCCAUGUAUCGAUUUGAUAGAUUCCCAGUGACUUAAAACUCUUUUAGUGAAUUAUGAUUCACACAGAGAAUUAAUUUAAAGUUAAGCAGGGCUUUAAGCGAAACUCUACAGUAUGUGAAAAUUGGCAAGGCAUUAUAAAAAAACAAAGAAAAAAAGGGCAGUGUUAAUUGUUGAAGCAAAUGUGCUUACAACUCUAACUUGUGCACAGAACAUUAAGGCUAUUAUUUUAAUCAGCAGUUUUUUAUUGUCCAGCUAAAUCGUCAAAUACGUCCCAAGGCUUGAAAAAAACUUGAAUUGCCGCUUGUCCUUUGGCUUGCCCGGGGCCACUUCUGGCUUUUCUUAGUUAAUGAUUUAGUUAGAAGAUGACUUUCUCAGACCCUUGCCCAUUGGGCAAGUGAAUUUAAAAGUUACUUGCCCCAGAAGAAAAUAUGCUUGUCAGAGAUGUCCAGAUGGGACUUUUUUUGAGCCCUACGCAGGGCUGUCAACCCGCACGUCCUCAAAUAUUGAAAAUUGAUAAGGAAGUGGAUGAAAGAUAAUGUCAUGAUGCUCUGUUAAUGACGUCAUUAUUUUGUGAAAAAAAUACCCGAUCGUCACAAAUUCAUGAUGACACAAAGCGCACGAAAAAGAUGUUGUUGGCAUUGUAACAUUUGACUUGAUUGGUUUACAGCAAUCACAUUAUUUUAUUUAUGUUUUAUUAUUAUUAUUUUUUUAAGAAAACUUAUUAUUUUCAUUUAUUUUUAGUUUUUAUUUUUACCAGCAAACAGCAGAUUACAUGCAAGACCCUAAUACCCUAAACGGUUACAACUUGGCUAAGAGUAACUACCAGUUUACAAGUUAACACUAACAAUCACUAACUCACAAGUUGACACUAGCAAUAACUAAACUUACAAGAUUACACUAACUGAAUAACUGGCUAACUAGCUUACAAUUUAACACUAAGCAUUACUAUGAUACUAUGCAAUACAGAUAAAUUAUCAAGACAGUUAAGCUUGUUUAAGUAGGCGGUGAAGGAAGGUUAUAAUUUGAACGAUUUUAUGCGGGGGACCGACUUAGAUAGCGAAUCGAACAACAUCAACAAACUAAGAUUUUUCAAAAUAAAGUCUGCAAUAACUCCCAGUUUUUACUGGGGCCAUCACCAGGUUUUAGCUCCAGUAAAAAAGUUGAUUUAAGGUAAUGUAGAAAGUCUUGUAUGGAGGGAGGGGCUUUCUUAUUUUUACAUAUCCAAAUAUAAUGUCUGGCUAAUGAUAGACAGAAGUUUAUUUGAUUAUGGCUUUUAGAGGCGUCUGGUGUCAAAGCAAAGCCUGUAGAAAUAUUUAUUUUGUAAUUUUGUGGGAUAAUUUGUGAUAAAGUAAGUUGUUGGAUUAAGGAAUUCCAAAAGGUGGUUACUUUGGAACAAGACCAAAGGAGAUGCGCCAGUUUUUCUAGUUCUUUGUUACAAAAGGAGCAGUCUGGAUUGUCUUUUAUUCCAAUUUUUGUUAAAAAGUCAUUGGUCGAUAUUUGUCUGUGCAGAAAUUUGAAUUGAAAUUCUACCAGUCUUGUCCUUUUAGUACAUUUUAGAGCUGAUUGAUAGGGCCUUAUACCAUUUAAUGCACUUGUCACCUUCCAUAUUGCAUUCCUCUGUCCAAUUCUACUGUGUCUGUGUAGGGAUCAGUAUACUUUUUCUUGCUAUAAGUUUAGCGUACACAAUUUGACUUGCUUUUUGUGCUUUUGCCACCAUUCACAUUAUAUGCUAAAAUUACAAAUAGCAUACCAGAGUUUAUGAGGAAAUGUUCAAUAUUAACAGCAAAAUAGCUCAAACAAAGCAAAAUAGUUGAAAUUUUCUGGUUUACUUGGAGUCUACUGAAAUGGCAAACUUUGGCGAUUGUCCAGCAGAUUUCAUCCUCAAAUCUGGAGACCGGGAGAUACGGUCCAAAAACUGGAGUCUCCCGGAUUAUCUAGGAGAGUUGACAGCACUGCCUGCAUCCCCUUUAACUUUUUUUUUCUUUCCUAAUCAUGCAUCUACCAUAUAUUUAUAAUGCAUUGUCAACUCUGAUUUGAAACUUUAACUUGUCUUUGAGUUUUAAUUUGUUUAUGAAUGAAAUUUGUUUAUUCUUACCCUUCCAUUAAUUAUUUUGUUUCUUCCAGAUCUUGAUCCCUGUUUGCAAUGGAUAAUCUGUUCAAAGUUGCACUCAGGUCUCAGACCAUAUUCAGUGGCUUUCUUUUUGUGGUUUCUGUGAUAUCCUGGCCUGUUGUAAUAGAUCUACUGAGGGACUAUCAUGGCAAAGACAGGUUCAAUUUCAACUGUGUUCCUAAGCCUAAUGACUUCACAAGACAGCGCUGUUAUGACAACUACACUUCUGCCACGAGCCCACUGCUAACACCAUUGGACUUUGCUGGUAUAACCUAUGGUGUGUCAGCAUCUGUCUGGUUGUUUUUUACCCUUAUGGGGGCUGCAAUACUGCAAAGGUUCCAUCAGGAGACAGACAGAAAGAAGAAGGAAAAAGUGGAGAAACAUUUUUAUCGUGUGUUCAUUUGUCACAUUUGCAUUCAAUGUGCCAUUCUUGCUGUCAUGAUGGGUCUGUUCUGUCAAUACCAGACACUCACUUUUCCUGCUGAGUAUAUGUGCUCUCUGACAAACACAACACUCUCUUCGUUCACCCAAGUGGCCGUUAACAUUACAUGCAAUGACUUGCGAUACAAAGAGAAAUCAAAAGUGAACAUUGCUAUCAUUGUGGUCAUGGCAGUUUCCCUUCUACUUUGUCUGUUGACCAUCAUUCAUGUAAGAAAAAUCAAAGAAAAUCUGUUACAUCUGCUGCUAGGAAAUGUUGAUGAAGACCAUGGCAGUAAGAGCGAGGAAAUACAUUUAGAAGGUAACUGAAGCAAAUUUUAAAAUCCAAAACUACUUAAAUAGUAGCACAGUUCCUAGCUCACAAACCAGUCAAUUUUGCUUCGUUAACUGAGAAUUUCAUUGUAUCAUUUUCAAAAAUUAUUGAAACUUUGAUCUUGAAUGUAAACAGGGCAACCACAAAACAGUGUUCCAGGCCCGAAAAGUUACUGGGGCUAUUGCGAAACAGGCCCCUGGCCUCCAAAAUCCAUACCUGUUUUCAGACCAGGCUUUGAUUAGAAGGCCAACAAAAAAAUUUCUUAAAAGUUAUUUAUAAUUUGCAGAUUACUCUUUCUUUCUUAUUCAUUUGGAAUUGAAACAACAAAUAUAUUCAUGCACUCCCAUAGUUCCCUCAAAAACCAGACCCGAUUCCAGACCAAGAUGGGCAAAGUCUAUACCUGUUUUCAGACCGAAAUGGGGCGGCACAUACCAAUAUGGCCUAUAUGAGAGAGUACAGCCACCCCAGGGAGGAACAGAAGUAGAUCCUAUGGCCUUCUGAAAUCCAUAUACUCUACAAAUAAGCCACAGGAUAACUGAUUCUUAAGGCCAUGAAGCUAGGUUCAUGUGGCAAACAUAUCCUACUCACUGCUUGGGUUAGAAGUUGUAUAGGUAGCGUAUUUGCAAAUAUGAUGUAAAUGUGUUGGUCAACUAUAUAAGUGCUGUUGAAUUUUUAGUGUGGACAGUCUUGUUCACUCAUAUUCUUGUUGUAAUUACAGAUGGUGGUUCCGAAGACGAAUCUUCUGAUACAGAUAAAUUAUUAUUACAAACAACAGGUAAAAAUCAGGUCAAUUAAUAUAGAUCACUGUCUUAAUCUGGCCAGAGUCUGUUGCAUGUUGUUAUAGAAAGUUAUGACUUAUGACUUUUUCUGUUAUUGCUUUACUUUUUUACUUACAUCUUUAAAAGAUAAAGCAGUUCUAUAGCAGUUCCUAGCAAAAAGUAAAUGAACACCCCAUACCAUCAUUUCUCAUCCUUUCUCAUUAAAUUACCCUAAACUGGUGCAAACUCUGCCUGAGAUGGUGGUUUCCUCUAGCCUGUUCCUGGCAUUCAGCAGCGUGCAAAGAAAGUAGUGUCCGAUAGCCCGGGGCUAGUGGAUUUUGCUAUCGGGCUAGUGAAUUCUGUUUUUAACUUGCCCGACGGGCAAGUGAUCUUUUUUGAGGAAUUCGAAUAACAGAAGAACUGUGAGAUCAAUUCUGCUCUUCAAAAAGCUUUUGGGGCUAGUUGAAAUGACCUCUGGGCUAGUAAAUGUUAGCUUCAGCUUGCCCGAAUGGCAAGCUGUAAAAAUGAUUUUCUUUGCACCCUGCAUUCAGAUAGUGGAAUGUGGUGCAAAGUCAGAGAGCAGGAGAAAAUAAGGGGAGGGAGAGAGAGAUGAAUGCCUGGAAGAAGCUACGUACAUUUCCUUUGGCAUAUUAAGGAGCUUAAGCAACAAUAUUUUUGAGCGACUGAUGUCAACUGGAAGUGGUCUUUUUGCAAUCUUGGGGUGUGUAUCUUGCCAUCCUCAAACUGCAAUCAAAUAGGUGGCUGGAAAAAAGCAACAAGUAACAUUUGAUCAGCUGCUCGAUUCUCCUUUCAAGUUAUCACAGGCAUCCCGGACUGACUAAAGCCAAUAGGCGAAUCCUUGUUUACAUUUUUGGCCUCAUUAACGUAUGCUUAUUAUUAUCUGAUGAAGCUAAUGACAUAAAAAUAUCUCCAAAUACUGAUCAGCUGCUAGAUUCUCCUUUCAUAUUACCACAGGCAUCCCGAACUAACUAUAGCCAAUAGGCGAAUCCUUGUUUACAUUUUUGGCCGUAUUAACAUAUUCUUAUUAUUAUCUGAUGAAGCUAAUAACAUAAAAUCUCCAAAUAUUGAAAGAGCAUAACAAUUUCUGUUAUCUCUGAAAAUUUGCACUCAGCUAGAGAUGUAAAUGUGGUGGUGAAUUUUUAGCCUGGACAGUCUUGUUCAUUCACAUUCUUCUUAUACUUACAGGUGGUGGUUCCAAACAAGAAUCUCCUGAUACAGAUCCCUCAAAAACAUCAGGUGGCAGUUCCAAAGAAGAAUCUUCUGAUACAGAUCCCUCACAAACAUCAGGUAAAAAUCAGGUCAAAAAUAGAUUAGGCCAUAUUCUGUUGAUUGUUUUUAUAGACUCUCAGACUAAUUACUUUUUCUAUUAUUUACUUUUUUCCAUUAAUACAUCUUUAAAGGAAAAAAAAAUUUUCAGUUCAAGAAUAAAAUGAAAUAAUUUGUCUAACAAAAAGUAAGUGAUCAAAAAAACACUCCAUACUAUCAGUUAUCUUAACUCGAAGAAAACAUGUCGAAAUAAUUGCCCUGAACUGGUUCAAACCGUGGCUCUGAACGUGGUUUACUCUGGCUAAAUAGAAGUAAGAUGUAUACUGUGAAAGGUUUGAACCCAGGAGUCAUUUCAUGAUUAGGUGGAAUAUGAUCGUUUGGGUGAGUUUUGCCCUGAAUAGGACUGUUGUUGAUAACUGGCAACAGGACAAUUUGACUAACAAUCAAUGACCGUUCAGCUGUGACAAAAGAUGGAUCAAAAAGCACCAAUCACAUUUAGAGCCUUCAUAGCCAAUAACAUCACAGCUUAAGUGACAAAUGACCAAUAACAUUAAGUCUUAAUUGACCAAUCUGGCCAAUAACCAGAGUUUCAACUGAUGUGAUACAACUCACUUUGACUCCAAAGAAAAGAUGACUACCACGCAGGUUGUCAAAACAUCAUUCACUGUCAACAUUCAGGAGUACACUCGCCCAGAUGAUCGUGCUUUACCUACUUAUAGUUAAAUGUAUAUAUGCCUUCGAUCAGAGUGACCAUAAGCCACUUGGGAAGUUAGGUAGCAAUAAAUUACUCUAUCAGACCUGCAAAGUCCGGUGAUCUUGCCUGGGUACUACCAGUUUUGACAAAGGUUAUUGCAGGCCCUCCAUUGAUCCAGUUGCAAAGUUCUUAUCACGUCGAACAACCAUAAUCAAUUUUGGAAAAACUAAUGAAAUUUACAAACUUCCAAAAAAAUUCUUUGCAUUUCUUGACACUUCUCAUUCCACCCUAUAGUCAAUAGGCGAAUCCUUGUUUACAUUUUUGGCCUCAUUAACAUAUGCUUAUUAUUAUCUGAUAAAGCUAAUAAAAUAAAAUCCGCGAAUAUUGAAAGGGCAUAAUAAUUUCAGUUAUCUCUGAAAAUUUGAGCCCGAUGUACCGAACAGUUUCAGAGAAAUUCUUUUGAAAAAAUUACGAACUUUACAAAGAAUGUGUGAACUCAUUAACGUUUUUGCCACCCAGUAAUUUCGUAGUAUUUGAUUGCUACUAUUUCCUUUGUUAUUGAUUGCAAAGAGCCGAAACUUGGACAAACUGCUCAAUUAACCAACUCUUUCAAUUUUUGAACCAAAUUUGUGUAUACGGCCACGUCUUCUAUAGGUUACCUCGUAUGCUAAUGAGAAAAAAGGAAAACAGUGACGUCAGCAAGGAUUUGCCUAUAUGUGAGCGCUAACAUAUGACAGAAAUGAUAUAACUGAACGCUAAAAUUUGAUGAAAAAAAAUUGAAAAAACUGUUUUGGAGCUACCCUAAAGAGUAUCAAAUUACACACACUUGCGGUAGCAAUUUGCAAAUUCUGAUCUCAUCUUUCGAAUCUACAGGAAAAUUUACUUCCCAACCUCUUACAUAGUUUUUUUCAGCAAAAUAGGGGAAAGUUAUCAAAAAUGCUCGUUUUUCUAAGCAUUUAGCCUUUUGCAACAUCUUAAAAAUGAACACAACUGAUAAUCUUGCGUAGUAAUUUAAUGAUUAUAAUUAUAACAAAUAUCGCGUGACAAUGUCGUGUGACCCAAUUCACGAAAUACGACAAUGGGCCCUUAAGGGCUUUCGGGUCGGCCUUGGGUUAAUUUUUCAUUCUUUUAAAUUGCCAAGCAGUUUAUAUGAGUGACAUUUAUAGCAUAGCUUGUAAAGCUUGGCUCGACCCCCACCCCUCGCUGCAUAUCUCGCGUGAUUUGUUGGCUUGAAACAUUCGGGAGCUGACCGUAAUCAACAAACAGUUAAGAAAACCUUCUGGGCUUAAAGAGGGCUUGCAAUUCCAUAAUUAUUAUCUCAAAUCAAAUUCAAUUGCUUCUCCAGCAGAAGUGCAACAUCAAGAGUUUAGCACCAUGAAGAAACAUGUCCGAGAAGUCACCGAACGACCUUACAGAGAUCUUAAAUCACCUUUUCAUAAUCCAGGCGAAGGACCUGAACGAGAUCUGAAGCUUGACGAAAUCUUCACCAAUUUAAUUGUCUAUGAGGGGAGAGCUGAGUGUGACUUUUCUGGAGACAGAUUGGAACAACUAAAAGAGUACCACAAAGCCAAUGAAAAUUUGCGACCAACACGGCCAGGAGAUAUUUUCGAUGCUGAAAAACAGAAGAUUCUUGUUGUCGGUCGUCCUGGAAUUGGAAAAACCAUGUUUAGCACAAAGAUUCUUCGCGACUGGGCGUCCGAUAAUUUAAUCAACGAAACACAAAAAUCACAAAUAGAUAUUAAUGUCGCUUUCCUCAUUAAGUUGAGGAUGUUUAACUCUAUAAACAAAGACCUAAAUCUUCGCGAGCUUCUAGAUCACUCAGAGUAUUCAACAGCUCUCUCCGAAGAUAUCUGGAACUACAUCCUUGAGAACCCAGAAAGAGUACUGGUGAUUUUUGAUGGAUUUGACGAAUAUCUUGGUAGGACUGAGAUCAAUAAAGAUGACAUUCCGCACAGAAACAGUGGAGAAGAGAGGAUGCCUGUCCAUUUGCUCUUGAAGAAAAUAGUAUCGGGAAAAAUUCUUACCGGUGCGACAGUCUUAACGACUACAAGACCCAAUGCCGUGUCAUGUAUCGGAAGUCUUCACUUUGACAAAACAGUUGAAAUUCUGGGAUUUACAACUGAGCAAGUGGAAGAUUAUGUGCAAAAGUUCACAGAAGGCGAUGGCCAAAAGGCAAACACUAUAAAGCAGCACAUCCGCAAUAACUUAAACCUUCUUGCCUUUUGCUACGUUCCCGUGAAUUGUUUCAUCAUUUGUUCCUGCUUGUUUCAACUUCUUUGUAAGUCCGUUAGCCCUGGCCUACUUCCCACAACGCUAACUGAAAUAUACUCCAUCGCUGUCAAGUACUUUUACUUUCGUCACGGCCACUCUAAAGAAGUGAACAACGCUGAAAACAAUUUUUUUGCCCCAUUUAAGAAACUGUCUUCCUCUGUGCAAGACGAGUUCACUCGCCUUGGAAAAAUUGCUUUUGAUGGAAUUAACGAAGGAAAACUGAUUUUUGAAUCAGCUGAAGUCAACAACCUAGCGAGUAAUGGCCUGUUUCACCGUUUACCUGACACUAGGGACAAUCCUUUAGCAGAGAGAAGAGAACAAUACUGUUUUAUGCACCUGACGUUACAGGAGUUCUUAGCGGCGAAGCAUUUGGUGGACACGUACAGUUCCGAAGACCUGCAGAAGUUUGUUUCCGAUCACAUCCAAGAUGGCGCGUGGAAGGUUGUGAUGCAGUUUGUGGCUGGACUGCUGGCUGAAAAAGAAGGACAGUCAACAGAUAUUUUCAGCGACCUUCUUCCCUCAAAAACUGAAGAAGUUGAAAUCAAGAUGAAUGAAGAUUCAGAGGAACGAACUGAAACACGGACCAGUUGGCCAGCUGACAAGAAAGACAGGUUAUUAGUGGUGACGCUAUUCAAUUGCAUGUAUGAGAACAAAGCCUCUGAUCGAGAAGUUCAAAAGAAACUGGAGAAAAUUGGUUGUAAUGCGCUUGAUUUUAGUGACUGUAACCUGUCACCUCUCGACUGUUUAGCAUUAGUGCAUGCACUUAAAUCUGUUGAAGGAAUUUUGGAUUUUGAUUUAAGCUUAAACAACCUUCAGUCGCUAGGAUGUAUUGAGAUUGCGAAGUUGUUACCUGGCAACCAACACAAUCAGGGUUUUUGCGAACUAAAAAGAUUAAACCUCGGGGAUAACAACAUAACUGAUGAAGGAGUAAAACAUUUAGCUACAGCACUCACACACACUAACUGCACACUAAACAGCUUAUACCUCGAUUAUAACAACAUAACUGAUGAAGCAGUAAAACAUUUAUCCACAGCACUCACACACACUAACUGCACACUAAACAGCUUAAACCUCGAUUAUAACAACAUAACUGAUGAAGGAGUAAAACAUUUAUCCACAGCACUCACAAACACUAACUGCACACUAAACAGCUUAGACCUCGAUUAUAACAACAUAACUGAUGAAGGAGUAAAACAUUUAGCUACAGCACUCACACACACUAACUGCACACUAAACAGCUUAUACCUCGACAGUAACAACAUAACUGAUAAAGGUAAAAAUCUCGUAAAGUCAAUGAACUUAAACUGUAAAGUAUCUUUCUAA